GAGAAAAAACAGCAGCAGCAGACAGUUGUGACUGUUGUCGUGCUGGUCGUGUUUUAACUCCAUCCAGUCGAUAUUUAAAAGGAAAGCAUGGACCAAGUUCACUUUCUUAUCUUCUGCUGCUUGGUGAGUUGUCUCCAGGGUCAGGAGACUCAGGAAGUGGACAGGCCCUGGCUGAGGGUGCCGGUUGGGCUCCCUGCCGUCCUGGAAUGUUGCUAUUGGAGCCACAAUCGGAUGGUCUGGUUUACAUGGAUCAGACGACGUCAGUCCAACAGCACCGAGCAACCCAUGAGCAGCACCGAGCUCAGGAAGAAGACACCAUCAUGCCACACACUGCCUCUGACCUCCGUUCAGCUGGACGAUUCUGGACUGUACCAGUGUCGCCUGAAUUCUACCAGCCUCUUACUGUACACACCUGGUACCUACCUGCAGGUCUACGAGCCAUUGCAAAAAACCAUAAACAUCAGCGAGGAGAGCAAAGAUGGGAUCCUGAUCACCGAGGGAAUCUUACUCCUGCUGUGUGUCUUGCUGCCUUCUGCCGCUCUGCUCUACAAGUCCAAAUGGCUGCAUGACCUGGAGAAGAAAAAAGGGAUGAGGCAGCAGGAAAACAUCUACCAGGGACUAAACCUGGAUGAGCGUUCCACCCCGUAUGAGCAAAUCCAUCGCCCCAGACGUCAGAGCGAGUACCAGGAUGUGGACCGUGUGGCAUCCAAGGAAGCUGAGUUUGAGAAACCCUAGAUUCUGGUGAAAGGUUGGAUUAUAUUUUUUAAGCAUAUCAUUGAUCGAUGAGAUAUCUAGAUAUGAGUGGAUCUGUAAAUGUCACCAUCAUUUGACUAAUGUGGGUUUACUGGCAGAAAUGACUCAUGAGUCUUGUUAUUUCUGUUGAUGAUAUUAUUGAAUAUGAUGGGUUUGCAAUACUUGGAAUGACUUUAAGAUGGGGAUUUCUAAUUAUUAAAAAAGUGACAGUUUAGUCAAAUUUUUUUGUGGUGAUGAAGCUGGCAGAGGCGGAAAACCUCUCUAAAGCUCAUGCACCUCAUGUGUACUGUAACCCUGCUGGCUCCAUAAAAAAAAUAAAAUAAU